AUGUCUAUUGCUGAGGCUGUGUUGUUUAUGGGCAUCACGAAUGGUAACGUGCACCAAUCAGAAUGCAUCUCUGCUGUGACGUCCUAUUCCUGCUACUCCUACCCGUGCCUGUGCGACGGGAAGCAGAAAGCGCACAGUGACCGCACUGAUGGCUGCCUCCAAGUCCGUGCAGCUUAUCAUCCUAUCUGUGGCCUUGCUGCAUUUGGGUCAAACAGAUCUGCCGCCCAUCGACUUCCAAACCAACCAGUCAGGUUGCCCCAGCGUCGACAGAACUGGAAUGGCAUCCCACAAUCCGUCCUCAGCCAUCUUGUGUCAUCAAUUAGGCGCCGUUGUCUAGCUUUUGGGUCACUACUCAAGUCGUCACAACAGAUACAGACUUGUGAACUAACAAUUGACCCGACGCCAUUUUCAGUCGGAGAUCACUUUUCCAGAGCCGAAAUAGUUGGCUGUUAUAAAGAAGACGUGAGAAACCGUCACUUCAAGCUAAGUCCAGGGCACUACGAUCCCAAGUCUUUGACUGCUGAGAAAUGUUCCAGUGUCUGCGGAGCCUACCUCUCCUCCUUCGCGGGUCUCACAGACGGACGGUUCUGUUUCUGUGGGUCGGAAAAGCCUGCGGACAGGUACAUAGAAAAAACGGAUGCCAACUGUGACAGUAGCUGCUCGGGAAACAAAGCACAGAAAUGCGGCGGGCGGGGUUACAUCACAGUGUAUCAUACCUUUCAGCCAAUAAAAAAGCUUGAGAUGCAAGUCACUGGCAAAACGGCCUUGGCCAAAACUGGUGAUGAAGUGACCUUUGAAGUGAGGUCGGAGGCUGGAUACAACCUCUUCUACCAGAUGGACUACGGGGAUGGCACAGAGGGCAUGGACAGAAACGCUACAGGGAUGUUCAGCAAGACGUACGCCAUCCCCGGCCAACACGACGCCGUGGUGACCGCGUCUGACAGCAGUGGGUCCGUGACGAAACAUGGAAGUGCUGGAGUAAUUGUUCAAGCACCAGUGAGCAACGUCUCUGUCGACUGCCCCAUCUUCAGCAGCUACGAGAGGAAGGCGUGCACAGUGAUUAUCACCCACGGCACCAACCUCCUCCUCCACGACAAAGUUGACAACAAGGAAAGGACUAUAAAAGUAGCAGAUCCAGUUAUCGGUGUUGCUGGCUGUUGCGUUCCCUAUGCAGCGAAAGCACAACCAGAGAGCUUCUCAGGAGAUGAUAAUGCCAUCUUCAUCAUGCCUGCUGCUGAGUUCAGAUUUCAUGGAGUAGUUACACACUGGGAGUUGUGGGCGGACACAGCAGGCAAACUUACAGUCAUGGUUCUGAAGCCUGAUUGUGAUGACUACUGCUAUGAGACAAACACAUGUGGAGGGCAAUGUAAAGGAACCACAUGUUCCUCAGACAAAGGUUACUGUCAUCAAGCUGGAACCUGCUCCAAAGAUUGUAAAGAAACAGACCGGUACCCAUCAGACACCCCCUUAGUUGACUAUGUAGAACGCCAAUCCGUAGAGCUGAAGGUUUCCAAAGGCCAUCAAGUUGUAGAAUGUCCAUAUAUGAAGGUAUUUCCUGGCGAUAUUAUCGCCUAUAAAAAGUCAACAGGGUCUGCCACCAUCACCGUGUCUAAGAAAGAGACAACAAGCGAUCGUAAAUAUGAUGGUCCAACGAAAACGUUUUCCAAGAACUCCGGAAAUCCAGUGUCCAAGACACGACAUCACCUCAAGGCCAUCUACUCCAGUCAGACAAAAGUUUCACUGGACUAUAAUUUCCAAGUAGCUAAGAAAUACACCUUGAGUGUAAACGUCAGUAAUGUUGACAUUGAAGGUUCUGAAACUGCUACGACAGAGAUCGACGUUCAGGAGGGCAUCAAUGCUACAAUCCUUGUUGGCCCCAAAUACCUUGCCGUCAACACAGAGGGCAUCUUUACCAUCCUCCCUCACACAGGUACUGAUGUCAAGCGUGACUGGGAUUUCGGAGAUAAGGCUGUCAAUGGAACAAACACAGACCAAUAUAAACACAUUUACGCAUCCUUGGGAGUAUAUAACAUAACAGUGAGAUGCUGGAAUACACAGAAUACUAAGAAAAACGUUUCAAUGGUGACCGUGGAGGACAAGAUAGUUGAUAUCAGCGUCAAAUAUAGCCCCUGUGUAACACUGACAAACUGUAGCUUUGACGUGACUGUAACAGGUGGAUCAGACUUCGUGAUUACAUGGGACUUCGGCGAUUCCUCUAUUAAUACUACAACUCAAGACGAGUACUUAGAAAGCCAUGUGGUGAACCAUGUGUAUAACAUGGGCGGUAAUCUGUCUGUCACUGCCAACUGUUCCAAUCACGUCAGUUCCAAGUCUUUCACAUUCUUCCUACCUGUGCAGGAGGUAUGCACUGGGUUGUCACUUAUUAGAAAUGGCACCGAAAAGAACGUACCUUUCAGAAUCGCAUGGAAACUUGAUCAGGGUUCCGACUGUAAGUUUGAACUCACAUUCCGUGAACAAAAUGUGUUAGUUGAGAAGGCUAACUUGACCACCAAGAGAUGGGAGUCUGUAUUGCAGAAUGGUCUUCCGGCUAAUAUUUAUCCUCUGACCCUCAAGGUACAUAAUGAUAUUGGUCAUGACGAAAUACAUGUGGACUUUACAAUAGAAACUGCCAUGAAGGGAAUGGAGUCUAAAUGCAAUGUUACCAUGAUCAGCACCGGGGAGGGGGCAUCCUGUACCGUGACUGUCAAAGAAGGAUCCAAUGUGAGAUGCACGUGGGACUUUGAUGAUGGAAAGGUGGAGACUUUUGACCAAGGAGCAGCAGACUGGUCGCUUAGGGCAAGUACUCCUGAAAUUCGUGAACACAUAUUCACGAAGGGCAAGAAUCACAAUGUCACGAUUACCUGUUCCAAUAAUGACAGAAGCGAACCUCACUACCACUCAAUUCUCGUUAUGCAGGGGGUCGAUGAUGUUCAGAUUGAGCAUGAGAGCGCCAUACUCUCCAGUAGACCUGGUAUCGGACACUUUAGCUUCUUGACUUCUGGUGUGGCGCCUAAUGAGGCAAAGGCUGAGUUUUCAUUUGGGGAUCGUCAGCUUGAGACAAAAGAGUUGAGGAUGAACUACAACUACACGCACGGGUACCGGGAUCCGGGGUGUUAUCAGCUGAAUGUCAAGAUUUCGAACAGAGUGAGCUCUAAGAUCUUUAACAACCGUCGGAUAUGUGUGAUUGAGAAGAUUGAGGGCCUACAGAUUGUCACUGACCCAGUUGCUGCUGUGCUGAACAACUCUGUUGUUGCCAAGGUGAUCAUGCAUCGAGGACCAACUGGUGCUGUUGUGAAUAUUACCUGUGACUAUGGAGAUGGAGAAGGGAAGAUUUCAUUCGCUAGACAAGGUAAGGGGAUAGAUGGGGAAGAUUUGAGGUCCAUCACCUACAACGAACUUGGAACGAAGACCAUCACAUGUGACGUCAGGACCCCCCAUGAGAAUUUGACAACUUCGCAUAGAGUGAAUGUGGAGGUGGCCGUGGCGGCGGACAACUGCCGCAUCACCACCAACCACCCCGUACAGCACGGACAGAAGAUCGUCUACUCGGUGCUCUGUAAGAAGGAACCAAUGCCGACUAAUGCCUUUGUCAUGAUUGACCAUGGGGACGGUACACCCCCUCAAAAAGUGGUGUUCUCCGGAAAACCAGGCGUUCCACAGACCAUAUCAUACGACCCACCAAAGGAUGGACAUUUCAUUGCCAAAAUAUCAUUGAGCAAUGGCGGUUCUUCAAUAAAUGCGACACUUCCGGCCGGCAGUUACUCGCGUCUUGCGGGCAAGCCCAGAAACUUCAAGUGCAUGUACAAACCUGUAGUCCCUGCCAACAGCAACUUGACAGGGGGAAUUGAGGGCAUCAACGAGAAGUUCCCCACAACAUCUCCGCUUAUAUGCAACUUAAAAAUCGACCAGGGAACACCUGUAAAUUACGUGAUGACAGCUGCCCACGAGACAGGAUCACCUGUGGUAGUGUGUAAUCAAAGAACGCUCCCAAUUAACUGUAAGAUUGCAAAGCCUGGUUCAUAUGAAAUUGACGUCAAAGUCAGCAACCCACUAGGAUCAUCAUCUCCCAUCUCCGCAGACCUGAAAAUGAGGGCUCCUGUUAAGGGCCUCCGCGUGACAGAUCUCACUCCAAAAGCAAAAGUCAAUGAAGAAAAGAAGUUUAAAAUAACCUUUGAUGCCAUCGGUGAUGAAACAUGCUUAAACAUCGAUUUUGGUGACAAUGGAGAAACAUCAAAUUAUGGCGAGGAGCAGUGGUGUGAUGACCCAAAGUCUUCAUUUCAAGGUGGGAGCUAUAUGGAUGAGCUGACGACCCCACUUGAGGUAACAAGAACCUACUCUGCCAAUAGGAACUAUGAGCUGAAAGUAACAGCUGCUAAUGCAUUUUCAGAUGCAAUAGCUUCUUUGACAUUUUCAUUCAGCUCAAAGGGCUGUGCCAAACCUAAAGUUACCAUUGAAGACGCUGUCGCAGACAUAACGAGUCCAGUGAUGUUUGAGAAAGGUGUUCGGGUUAUCAUGAGGGGUAAGACCAAUAUAACAUGCAGUGCUAGCCUGAAGAAUACGAAAUCCUGGACUGUUGAAGAAGUGGACUCUGACUCUGGCUCCACUCUCAAAACAUUGGAUGUCACAUCUCAGACUGCAGAGUUAGUAAUGAAGGCAAAGACUGUUCCAUACGGUCUCUACAAGGCGUCAUACAGUGUAAAGAUGGACCUUUCUGACGGGAGUGAUUUGGUUGAAUCCGCUUUCACCUAUUUCAAAAUAACUAAAUCGAAACUUGUGGUUGUGAUGGAAACAGGAGGCAUCAGUGAAGUUGACCGUGGUAAAAACCAGAUGGUAACGUUCAGCCCAGAACAAUACUCCUUUGACCCUGACGUUGAGAGAUCGGACGAUCAGGGCUUUGAGAAUUUCACAUGGGGAUGUCUCUUGAAGAAGAAAGUGUCGCCUGAAUCAGCGUGUGACGCCUUGAACUCCAGAACGGGCGGCUCCAUCUCCUUCAACACAAGCAUCUUCGAGGCCGGGGAACAGGUACAGCUCACAUGCAACGCGACCAAAGACACACGCUCAUCUGUUGGGAAGAUCAUCAUGAACAUUGUGGAGGGCAAACCACUCAACCUAUACAUCGAGCCUGUCGGUGGCAGUAUGUCGGUUCAGCUGGCUGACUCUAAGAUGGUGUCCUCAAAGGAGAGGUUGGCCCUGAAGAUUCGCUGCAAGGACUGUGAAAAGGUCAAGCUGUCCUGCGAGUGGACGGCCUAUUCGUAUGCGGAAGGGUGGCCCUGGAGAGAUUACUACGCGAACGAAGUGGCUGGCCACAUCAACGGUCUGAAGAAGGAAACCAUCACGAUCAAACCGUCCCUGUAUAACAUCCAUCCCGAUGUCACCAAGUACCGCUUCGCCUGCAAGUGCCGGCAAGGCGAAGGAGACUUCAGUAAAGCCGCCCUAAACAUCGAGCUAAACCCCCCUCCCAAGCCCGGCACAUGUGUCAUUUCUCCCAAGAACGGCACCCUCAGCCUUGAAAACAACAGCCCUUUCAACGUCAAGUGUAGCGGAUGGACGGACGAGACGGAGAUUGUGGAAUAUAAGUUCUACUGCACCCACAAGAGCAAUAAACUGCAUAACCAGAUCAAUACAUUCAAAGAGGCCGACGACGUCAACAUCGAGCCCCCACUGGGAGCUGACAAUGAUGACUACCGUGAAAACGUCUUCGUGUCCGUCAAGGACUCCAUGGAUGCAUCGUACACUUACGACCUUGGCAUCAUACAGGUGUUCCCGCCUAAGAAAACUAAGAUCGGAGACUGGUCGGCGCAACAGAAACAGUCCACUAUGGCUGAGAUCGAGAGGCUCAAGGCUGCUGGGGACCAGAAGAUGCUCACCGAGAAACUCACUAAGCUUGCUUCAAUGCUCAACGUCGACAAAGCUCAUAACAAUCCUGGUGCACCUGUGUCAACAACUUCUGACUUCAAUGGAGGUGUGGGUGGGGGCAGUGGCAUGGAUGGGGAAAAUCCCUUCGGAGGUAUGGACAUGUCUGGAUUCGGUGGAAUGGAUCUCAACGCCUUCUCAGGAAAUAUCAACAUGACAGGCAUACAAUCUGGAUUUCCAGGAGUUGGUGGUGGAUUUCCUGGAGGUGGUGCAGGACUUACAGGAGGUGGUGGUGGAUUUCCUGGAAGUGGUGGUGGACGUUCAGGAGGUGGUGGUGGAUUUCCAGGAGGUGGUGGUGGAUUUCCAGGAGGUGGUGCUGGUGGAGGGGCAGGAGUUGCGGGUGGUAGAGGCGGCAGAGGUGGAGGAGGUGGAAUUUCCUUUGGUGGCAGAGCAGGUGGUCGAGGUGGAGGAGGUGGAAUUUCCUUCGGUGGCAGAGCAGGUGGUCGAGGUGGAGGGGGUGGAAUUUCCUUCGGUGGUGGAGCAGGUGGUCGGGGAGGGGUUAGAGGUGGUGGAGGGGGUCCUUCAGCUGGUGGUCAGGCAGGUCAGGGAGGAAUAGGAACAGGAGGCGGCGGAGGUUUGGGGGAUUCAGGAUUAGGCGGAUCUGGAUCCUGGGAUGGCUUCGGUGUUGAUAUCAAUAACGAUUUAACUGGUAUAGAACAAGGGACUUCCGGCUUUGGUGGAGAAGGGGGAUUUGGACAACAAUUUGGUUCUCCAGAUGGAGGACUAGGGCAAGCUGGUGGAUCAGGCGGAAAAUUUGGUGGACGAGGUGGACCAGGGCAAUCUGGUGGACAAGGUGGACCAGACGGAAGAUUUGGUGGACAAGGAGAUGGGCCAGGGCAAGGUGGUGGACAAGGUGGACCAGGCGGAAGAUUUGGUGGACAAGGAGGUGGGCCAGGACAAGGAGGUGGAUCAGGGCAAGGUCGUGGACAAGGUGGACUAGGCGGAAGAUUUGGUGGACCAGGUGGACCAGGGCAAGGUCGUGGACAAGGUGGACCAGGCGGAAGAUUUGGUGGACAAGGAGGUGGAUCAGGCGGGAGAUUUGGUGGACAAGGAGGUGGGCCAGGGCAAUCUGGAGGACAAGGUGGACCAGGCGGGAGAUUUGGUGGACCAGGUGGACCAGGGCAAGGUGGUGGACAAGGUGGACCAGGCGGGAGAUUUGGUGGACAAGGAGGUGGACCAGGGCAAGGUGGUGGACAAGAUGGAUCAAGCGGAAGAUUUGGUGGACAAGGGGGUGGGCCAGGGCAAUCUGGUGGACAAGGUGGACCAGGCGGGAGAUUUGGUGGACGAGGAGGUGGACCAGGGCAAUCGGGUGGACAAGGAGCAGUAGGAGGAAAUGCUGGUGCUGGUGCUGGUGCUGGUGCUGGUGCUGGUGCUGGGUCUCCAGAAGAAGAUACCGGGAUCGAUUUGCAAGUGCAAAACUUCAACCUUUCAGCAGUAGACCUGGAGGCUGAAAUUCUCAAGGCGGAAGAAGAGAGGGAUAACAAGGCGGCUCUCCGAGAUACUAUAGCAGGUGCGUGCGCCAAUAUGUCCACCCCAGACUCUACGUCCAUGGAACAGGUUGUCACCUGUCUGCAUACCAACGCCAAGGAGUCCGCAGAAUGCACCAAGUUCUGUCAGAAAGCAACUAUAUCUAAAACCCUAGAAAUAACAAAGGAACUGGCAAAUAUGGACACAUCGUCUGAAAACAAAAAGGCACUGGGCACGGCUCUGCUCAACGUCGCCCAAGAAGCUGCUGCGGCCGCAAUGGUGAACUUCCAGUGGCCGACAUUGAGCGACAGGACAACAGUGCUUGACUCCGUGGCAUAUGAAACUUAUGACACAGAUAUAUGGUCCAACCAGAGCAGUGUAGCCUCUGCGGACGAUCCAAAAUCGCAACAUCUCCUCAACGCCCAUAAAGAAAACCAAGCUAAAAUUGCGUCUGAGAUUUCCGACAUGGCCACACAAGCGGUGCAGCUUGCGACCAAGACCCUCGCGCAGAGUCUCACCCCCGGGGAAACCCUUCAGUUCACGACACCAGCUGCGUCGGGAAUCAUUGGUAAUUUGGAAGCUGGAGACCUGGACUUUGGUAUGCAACUAACAUUGGCUGAUACGACCACAUCCUUGUCCAUCCCAGACGGCAGCAUCUUUGGCAACAGCCUCGGCUCAAGUGACACCGCCAUCAUAUCUGCGAUGGCAACCAAGAUGGAUGUCAACUCUUUUGUGGACUCUGGAAUGAAUCUUGGUGAUGGAACACAGUUCCUGAAUAUAGAUAUGAUGGACGGGUUUGGUAACGCCAUGGAGAUCAAGGACACCCCAGAACCAUUGAGGAUUACCAUUGCCAGAACGCCAAAGUACCCCAAAAUGUCGUUCAAGGACACGAAGCUGAAGAUCGCAGACUGGAACGAUUUGUCCUACUCCCAGCUGAACAUCACGAGGGAGCAGUCCUCCAUACAUCUAGAAAUAAAAGAUCUGGAGAAAAAGGACAUCCAGAUCAUGGUCAUCCUGAAGAAGGGGGAGGUGCCAAAGAUCAGUGCUGACAAAUGUGAUGAAGUUAUGUUCCUCCCGAAAUCGCUCGAUUACUCUAAGCCGAUGACUGGCCGGAUGAGAUUUUUUAUGAACAAUGAAAAGGUAAACAAUUAUAAAGGUCCAGCAUGGUUUGGCUUUAGAACUAUGCCCAAGGGCUUUGAUACGAGCAAGAUUAAGACUUGUGCCGAUCUGGAUAACGUGGACAUACCUAAGGGCCCAAAAGACAGCAGCCUGAACCUCGGUAUCUACACCUUCACCAGCGGCUGCUAUUUCUUUGACCACGACAAGAAAGACUGGGCGUCUGAAGGAUGCACGGUUGGCGAAGAGACGACUUAUACUGAAACCGAAUGCUACUGUAACCACUUGACAACAUUCGGUGGCGGGUGGUCCGUGGCUCCAAACACCAUCGACUGGAACUUCGUUUUCUCGCACGCUGAUUUCAUGAAGAACCCAACCGUCUACGUCACUGAGAUCAUCAUUACUGCAAUAUACCUGCUCGCCGUCGUAUGGGCCAGAAGAAGGGACAGGAAGGACCUGGAGAUGCUUGGUGUUACUCCCCUGAAGGACAACGACCCCCAAGACAAAUACUAUUAUGAAAUUGUGUCCGUAACAGGCCUCCGUAGGAAUGCUGGAACAGAUUCUAAGGUAUUCAUUAUUCUGUCAGGUGAAAAUGAAGAGACGGAUGUACGCCUUCUCAAUGAUGACAAGCGCAGUGUUUUCCGUCGAGGUGGCGUUGAUGCCUUCCUCAUGGCCGUUCCCGAACCACUUGGAUCUCUGAACUACGCCCGUGUGUGGCACGACAACUCCGGCAAAGGCAAGUUCGGGUCGUGGUACCUCAAGUACCUCGUUGUCAGAGACGUGCAGACCGAUCAGAAGUUUGUCUUCAUCUGUAACAGAUGGUUCGCUGUCGAGGAGGACGAUGGACAGGUUGACCGUGUGAUCCCCGUGGCUGGAAUUGCCCAGAUGACGGAGUUCGCGCACCUGUUCUCGGAGAGAACGAGAAAGAACCUUGUUGAUGGUCACCUGUGGUUCUCAGUUGUCGCCCGACCCCCUCAGAGUCGCUUCACCCGUGUCCAGAGAGUGUCCUGCUGCCUGUGUCUCCUGUACGCAACCAUGCUGGCUAACGCCAUGUUCUACAAGAAGUCGGAAGAUGAGGCAGGGACAUCUUUCACGUUUGGCCCCUUUGCUUUGAGUCCUCAACAGAUCUAUAUUGGCAUUGUAUCCAAUCUGAUCGUAUUUCCUGCAAACUUCGUGGUCAUCAUGCUGUUCCGGAAGUCACGAGCGAGAAGAAAGCGUCCGUCUCGUCUUGAAGAAGCGCUGAAGAAAGUGCCCAGUGGCGGUACGACAUCGGUCAGCGACGUUAAGCCGGAUGUUGGAGGGAUCUGGGCAAUCGGUGGGAAAUCGAGCGGUCAGAUCCAGUCUAGACCCGAGAGUUCCUUCUCUCAGUCUUACGAUCGCCCUCAAAGCAACUUGUCCCACAGGGGUGAUAGAAGGAGGACAAGGAAACCGAAAAAAGAGCUACCCUGGUUCUGCCGCUACAUCGGUUGGCUACUGUUAUGGAUGGUUACUCUUGGGGCGGCUGCCAUGGUAACAUUCUAUGGAAUCAGCUUCCAGGACGACAAAUGCAAGAAAUGGAUCACGUCGAUGCUGGUUUCGUUCUUCACGUCCAUCUUCGUCACGCAACCCAUCAAAGUGUUCCUGACGGCCAUUUUCUUCUCCCUGAUCUGGAAGAACCCUGGGGAGGCUGAGGAUGAUCAGCCCGAGGACGAGGAGGAACCACGGCUGGAACAUGAUGAAGAAUUGCUUCACAAGCAAAACCAGGGGUACGGGCACGCACGUCCUCGAAAAAUAGGUUAUAAGCCUCCAAAUCCUACAGAACUGGAACAGGCAAGAAAGAAAAGAUUGAAUGAGAUCAAGAUGUGGGACAUCGUCCGAGAGAUCAUCUUCUACUCCUUCUUCCUGUGGAUACUGAUGGUCAUCAGCUACAGGAACAGGAGCCCGGACAGCUUCUACUACAAGAACAGUCUGGAGAAGAUGAUCAUCAAGAACAAUGACACCCUGCAGUGGUUUACACAGAUUCAGAACACUGACGAGUUCUGGCUGUGGGCAAGAAGCGGUCUUGUGAACGGCCUACGAGCUGACAGCUACUACAACAAUGCGCCGCCCCUGCUCCUGCGAGGAUUCAUUGGCGACAAGGUGUCCAGAAUCAUGGGAUUUGCCACAAUGCGACAACUGAGGGUUCAGAAAGACCUGUGCACCACCAUCGAUGUCGUGGCUGCCAAGAUUGAUGAGUGUAACGAAGACUACAGCAUGUUCAACGAAGACAAGGAAUCAUAUGCUCCAGCGUGGAGAACAAACGUCGAUAGUUCCCCACGAAGAGAAUACACCUACACACCUGCAUCUGAGCUGAACGGCUUCCCCUACUGGGGCCUCCUAGGGGUCUAUGGCGGAGGAGGAUAUGUCAUUGACUUGAGAGGGUCUAAGCAUUCACUGGAGAAACAUAUGGACAUACUAGAGAAAGAACAAUGGGUAGAUAAAUACACACGAGCAGUAUUUGUUGAGUUCACUGUCUAUAAUCCUCAAGUGAACCUGUUUGCUAUAGCUACUAUCGUAGCCGAGUUUCAGUCAAGUGGAGGUAUACUAGCAUCAUACCGCUUUGAGCCAGCGAUGCUUCUACCCUACAUGACUUCAGUGAUGCUGUUCCAGGUUAUCUGUGAAAUGAUCUACUUCUGUUUUACAAUUGCAUUCAUUGUCAAGGAGGUCCGCAACUUAAUCACACAAAGAGUAAAAUAUUUUAAGUCCUUCUGGAAUUUGAUAGAGUUGUCCAUCAUAGCCAUGUCUAUCUCCGCCAUCGUUGUCUACUUCUACCGUCUCAUUGUAACUAACUCACUCACGAGCGAAUUCAAGCGGAACCAUGGCAAUGAAUACAUGAAAUUCCAAUAUGUCGGUUAUUGGAAUGAACUGUUUACGUACAUAAUCGGCUGGUUGGUCUUCUUUGGAAGUCUCAAGUUCCUCAAGUUACUGCGCUUCAACAAAAGAAUGUCCAUGCUCGGAUCGACCCUGAAGAACGGUGCCAACAGCAUCCUGCAUUUCAGUUUGAUGUUCUGGGUGGUGUUCCUAGCCUUCAUUCAGCUGUUCUAUUUGACAUUCAUGUCAACCAGUCCCAGAUUCUCCACCUUCAUCAAGGCAGCUGAGUCCGGAAUCCUGAUGAUGAUGGGCAAAUUUGACGUCCAUGGAAUGCUGAUGGUGGAGCCAAUCCUUACCCAGGUCUACGUCUUCUUCUUCGUCCUCACGGUCACCUUCAUCCUCGUCAAUAUGUUCCUCUCCAUCCUCAACGAAACCUUCAGCUCAGUCCGCUUGGACAUCAAGAAACAGAACAACGACUACGAAAUAGUCGACUUCAUGGUUAACAGGUUCAAGAAAUGGGUUGGUAUUGGCAGUGUUCCCGCAACGCUCCCUCCAACAACGGCAGACAGUGAAGCCAGCAGCACCACGUUUCCGAAAUGCGACACCGUUGAAGAGUUCCCUGACCGCAUCGACCGCCUCCUAAACUCCAUCUCCAACGUGUACAUGGACGACAACCUAGAGUCCAUCAUUGAGAGCAACGGGCAGUCAAAGAAGAUGGCGAUGAAGCAUAUGAUGAAGAGAGCUAACGCUGGCGACUUCGCUGAAGAUGGACCCACCAAGGUACACACUCACUAGGUACAGAACAGAUUCGUAAAGAUGGGCAAGCGUCCUGUGCAAAUAGGGCGAUAUUUCUUUAACAUUGUGUUUAUGUGGCAUAUUUUCUGACAUAACCUGAAGGUUUAGGUGCAUUGUAAAGUUGUUUUAAGCUCACUGUCUCAAGUAAAAAAUGUUGUAACUAUCCCUAAUAUGCUUUUUGACCAGUGGUCCAAAGUUGCUAACUAAAGUUCAUGAAUUCUCUAUAUGUUGCUCUUAUUAGAUAAUUGAUGUUGUAAGUAGGGGCUGUUGCAAAACGGUUUAAAUAAAGGAAGUAUAUGUUUUCAUAGUAAACAUUAACCUACAUACGCACAGAACUAUGUAUGAUUCGACAUUUUUUUACAUAAACAUAAUUGUUUUAUUUCGAAAUACUAAAUUACAUCAUUUCCAUUUAGUCGUUUACUUUUCAAAGGGACCUCCAUUAGUGUGUAUUUAAAUUAAUCAUGACGUAAUUGUUUACAAAUCAGGCGAA